AACACAGUCCGGCGUCCAAUGUUGCCUCAUGAGAGUAUUCUUCUAAUGAAGGAUGCUCUGUGACGAAUCUCGGACAAGCACGGUCGAUCAUAUCUGACUGUUCCUGUUCUGUCCGCCUCACCACUGCUCUCCAAUUGUUCUCAACGUAAAGAACCUCUUCCUCUGUGGCUGCUCGUAUCUGUUUGUCACACCCAACGUCUUGCCGACUCGCAUUGUCUGCAUAUACUCAUCAUGAACGGACUUGCUGUGGAAGGUCCACCACUAGAAUACCCCGUCAAUUGAGCAACACAGUCAAAAGCAAGUACCAACCAACCUGCCAGCUGCAAUCACGACCGCCAAAUUCCCUAAUGAUAUGACUACCGCCUGGAUGCUUUCCGAGGAAGUCGGUACAAUCAUAAACAAUCUUGUCGACUACGAUCCCUUACAAGACCGUCGGCGCGUCAGUCGAUUAAGCUGUGGAUCUCGAAAGGCACUCACAAAGCCGUUCACCAUUGAUACCCGUACGUAACCCGACUUCAUCAGCUGGUAUUGUGGGAAGGUCUGCCUCUGGGAACGUCCGCUUCAGAAUAGGGUAUGAUCUCUCCGACAUUCUUGAUUUCGGAGUCGACGCAUAUUUGUUUGUACAACUUUCGUCUCUACUCGACAACAUCAGAUAUGUGAGAGCAAGAUAGGGCAAAUCGAAGAAACAAGCUAAGUUGUCGCACAAGGGCUUGUUUAGCUCGAGAUAUGAAGUCAAUCACGUGCAACAGGAUGCACCUCUGGCGCAGAGCAGCAGUUCCGUCUGACCGCAGGAAUCUGCUCGGAACGAGCUCUCCAUGCCUGAUGGUCGUCCGCCAGACAGCUUAAAUCCGUGAUGUGAGUGUGCCAUCCGCGUUAGCCAGGGCGAUCUUCCCCCAAACAAAGUUCGCGGUUUUCCCACGUCUGUGCUUCCUGCUAUGACGAAUCGCUUCGGUGAUUGCCCGGCUGUGAAGGGUUCAGCUCCUCUAUGGAAGAGCAAGCUGCACGCAAGGCGCGGAGAAGGCGGAGAAAGUGGGCAUGGCGGUGUUGACGGAGAGCCUCAAUAGUGCUAUUGGAUAGCUUUAUAUGCUGGCGAUGCGGGGAAACGCGAAUCAGCGACCAGCUUACGAUAUGGACCUCAGAUCGAGCAAGACCGGCAUUUGCUCGUCGCAAGCAACUGGGAGGAGGGUGGAAGAAUUACGCGAAUGCUUAUUUGUACCCUUCGCCCCCAUGAGUGCCGGCAUCCUCUCUAACGUCAGUUUGCGGCCAUGGCACCAUCCGCUACAGACCACCAAGGCUUCAUGGUUAAUGGUUUUCAGGACCAUUAUCCUGGGGCCACAAAUCAUCAUGAGAAGGUUCAUUUCGACAAGAAGUUGACCCCCAAAAGACAUCAGAUCAAAGGGACAGAUGCAUCAUCGAAAAUCUUGUUCCUGGACGUCAAUAUCUUAGACAGUACCGGUCGACCUCCUUACCGUGGAGAUGUUUACAUUGACGGUGAACGAUUACGCCAUGUUGGCGAAAUACCGGAUAAAGAAACGCUUCGGCGUGACCCAGCGGUGCGCGUCGUCAAUGGGCGGGGUCGAACGCUGAUGAGUGGCCUUGGAGACGCUCAUACUCACUUCUCCUGGAACAAUGGCGACCUUGGUAAACUAGGAGGCCUGGGAGUCGAAGAACACACGCUCUUGACGGCGCGCUCUGCCCAGAUAUAUCUGGACUCUGGCUACACCAUGUGCUUCGGUGCAGCAUCCGCUAAGGAACGACUAGACUGCGUCGUCAGAGACUCUAUCAACGAAGGAAAUCUUCCUGGGCCACGUUAUCUCGCCAAUGGCAAAGAAAUGGCAGUCCCAGACGGCGACCUUGUUCCUGGGAUAACAGCAUUUGCCAAAGGGCCGUUGGAGAUGCGGGAGACCAUCAGGCAUCAUAUCAAGCUCGGUGUGGACCAAAUCAAGUUGUCAAUGUCAGGCGAACAGAUUACAGAAACAAGGGACGCCCAAGACUGCUACUUCACGGAUGAAGAAACUGCAGCGUGCGUGGAUGAGGCGCACCGUCAUGGCAUUCGUCUUUGCUCUCACGCACGAGCACGUGAUAGUGUGAAGCAGUGCAUUCGACAUGGUGUAGACAUCAUUUAUCAUGCUUCAUGGAUUGAUGAAGAAGGCAUGGACAUGCUUGAGAAAAACAAACACAAGCAUAUAGUUGCACCCGGCAUCAACUGGCUAAUUGCCACAGUGUAUGAAGCCGGUUCGUUUGGCUAUUCAUUCGAGAAGGCUGAACAGGUUGGCUACAAAAAGGAAUUGGAUGUUGCCAUCAAGGGGCUGAAGGAGAUGCACCGCCGAGGUAUCUGCGUCCUACCAGGGGGCGAUUACGGUUUUGCCUGGACGCCACACGGAACCUACGCUCGUGACCUCGAACAUUUCGUCAAGCUUCUCGAUUUCACACCCAUGGAAUCUAUUGUCGCAGCUACAGCUGGCGUUGCUAAGCUCUUCAUGCGGGAAGACGAACUCGGAAAAAUUCUACCGGGAUAUUAUGCGGAUUGCAUUCUUGUGGACGGCAAUCCGCUGGACGACAUCACCAUCCUCCAAGACCACGACAAGCUCAACAUGAUCUUGAUCAACGGCCGCAUUCAUAAGGCAAGCUACAAGGAAUUCUUGCGUCUGGAAGUGGUGGACCAGCCAAAAGCGGCUCCACCAGUUCGACCUCGGAACUUCAUCAGCUACGCGCUUAAAGACGGCACAAAAAGGACAAGGGUCGGCCAUCUCAAUCUGCAAGACGAUACGAUCACCGCAUUGGCAUUCGCAAGCGGUACGCCUGUCGAACGACUGGAUCAGAUCCUGGGGAUUGCAUUGACGGAUCUCAAGCUUAGCGAUGAGGUGAUUUCGAACUCAAGUGUUGAGAUAUUGCCUCCGAUCACUGGCAAAGACGUUCUUGCUGUUGGGAAAAAUUACCUGGACCAUGCAAAUGAGUUCAACUCCAGUGGCUACGAUUCUUCGGACAAGGUUGCUCUUCCUUCUCACCCUGUGAUUUUCACCAAACGGGCGUCUUCCAUAAUUGCACAUGGACAGAGUGUUUACCUGGACGAGGAAUUCACGUCAACACUCGACUACGAGGGCGAGAUUGGCGUCAUCAUUGGCAAAGGUGGUUACAAGAUCUCCGAAGCCGAUGCAAAGGAGCAUAUUUGGGGCUAUACGAUCAUCAACGACCUCACUGCUCGUGAGAGGCAACGUGACCACAAGCAAUUCUACAUUGGUAAAUCAGCCGACACAUACUGCCCCAUGGGUCCGAUCGCAGUGCCCGCUUCGGAACUUCCUGAAAUUUUGACCGUGACAACACACGUCAAUGGCGAAAAGAGGCAGCAGGCCUCGACAGAACAGCUUAUCUUUUCGAUACCGCAUAUCAUCAAAACACUAUCCGAGUCUCAAACCCUACGCGCCGGCGACGUGAUCGCCAUUGGUACUCCUGCAGGUGUUGGCAUUGGCAUGAAGCCGCCCACCUUCUUAAAGGCUUCCGAUGUGGUCGAGAUCUCCGUCACUGGACUAGGAACUUUGAAGAACACAGUGACUGACUCCCGGGAUCCCAACGCAGUUUCAGAGCGUCUGGCCGAGGAUUCUGCUCAAUCCGUUCCACGCCAAAAUAUAUCAAUCACGAAUGGUGGCGUCGGGCUGACAACCAUUGCGUCCGGCAAAAGGCUGAAUGUUGAGAAGAUUGGCGACGGAAACCGGCUGAUGGUGUUUGUUCAUGGCCUGGGCGGCAGCACGACCUUCUACACGCAGUUGGUGGAGAAGCUCAAACUCGCGGACUACUACACAUGUCUCUUAUUCGAUUUCGAAGGCCAUGGACUCUCUCCGACAAGUGCAGACAGCACCAUCACAAUAUCGAGCCUCGCAGAAGAUUUGCACUUGCUGCUGAGCACGAAGUCGUUAAAUCUACCCGUGAACGAAGAGGUUACCAUUGUCGCUCACUCUAUGGGUUGCCUGGUGGCUGAAACCUUUGCGCUCAAGCAUCCGGAGCUUGCUGGUCGAAUGGUGCUUAUUGGCCCCCCACCAUGUCCGUUGCCUCAAGCAGGGUACGAAGCGAGCAUCAAGCGGGCAGCGACGGUCAGAAAAGAAGGCAUGCGCAAUGUCGCCAAAGCGGUAGCUACUGCAGGAACAUCCCAAAGGACCAAAUCCCAUCUUUCAAGUGCAUUUGCGGCUGUGCUUGUGAGCCUGCUGAGUCAGAAUCCCGAGGCAUAUGCCAAAGGAUGCACGGCAUUAGCAUCCGGCCACGAACUGGACCUUGACCUAGGUCAGCUUCGAUCGAAAGUGCUGAUUAUAGGAGGGGACGAGGACAAAGUCAGCCCUCCGGCCUACGCCAACAAGCUGGACAAGACGAUACCCAAUUCCAAAUUGGUGAUGCUGAAGGAGACAGGACACUGGCACACGUUCGAAGAUAUUGAUGGCACCGCGGAAGCCCUGAGGAACUUUCUAUGAAUAGCCACUAUCACACAAGCAUCCGGUUAUGCUGAAUGAAAGCCCCUUAUGAGCACAAGCGAUUCAUCUCCAGCAAGCAUGGUUCUCAGUCGUCGUCCUUCUCGUUUCGUUACUUCCCUCGCCUCGAGCAACGCGAUGCAUCAUGCUGCUAGUCUCCAAGAUGCGCAACAGCGUCCGUAUCAUCUCUCUGGUCGACCGGCUCUUCAGCUUCUUUACCUCCUUUGCGUCUCUUCUUCGGAGUGGAAUCUUUGGCGCCACCUUCGACUGUCUCGGCAAUGUCCUUCGUUACUGCGCCCUUUCGCUUGCGACCGGCUGUCGAGCUCGGAGUGAGGGUACCGGGCAUGCCCCAUCGUUUCUUGAUAGCCCGCAAACGCUGGUAGCUGGAUAGGCAGUCAGCGUUCAGUUAUCUGAUGGAGUUACCACCAAAGGGCUGGCAUUGCAAGAGUAAUGGCGUCGAAGAUGCAGGAGAGGCAGAAGGGAAACUCCUUAGUUCGUACCAGGCAUUUCCAGAGGCCGCUCCCACAUCUUUGGCUACUUCGUCAAAAUCCGGCUUGAACUCGCCAGCGAAGUGUUUGAGGCAGGACAUGAUGAAUUUGAGAUCUUCGUUAUCCGGUUUCUUCGAAGCCAUUGUUGCUGAUCGAGUUGAAUAGAGGUUGGCAAGAGGUAGUGAACUAGGUUCCGAUGUGAUUGGUGGUCAGGGUGUUUGAGGUAAUAAGAAUUGAUGUGUCGAUGGGAGGAUGCAUCGUGGAAAUAAAUCUGAACACCUCGAGCCAAGUGAAUAGUCCAGGCUGAUUGAUUCAGUGAAGGAGAAGUCAGAAUGCAUGAAACGGAGAACAAGAGAGAAGUGAGUGACAAAGUAAGGUGAAAAACGUGGGGAAGCUUAAAUUUAAGGUUAAUUUGUC